AUGGACAGCACUGGUAAAAAGCAGAAGAAACUGCUACGGAAGAGGGCUAAACAACAACAGCCACAACAGCAACAACAACCACGCGUGGAGCAGCAACAACAGCAGCAGCCGCAAAGACAGCAGUUGGUGGCAGAUCCUAGCAAUGCGAGGAAUAACAUAAAGAUGGAAGGUAAUGGUAGACCAGCCGCAAAAAAAAGGAGACCGCCAAGGACAGCGGCAGUGGCGAUUAAGGGAACUGCGGAGGGAUUCUCUUACGCGACAGCAUUAAAGAAGCUAAGGGAUGAAAUCAAGCUGCCGGAUUUGGAAAUAGAAAAGACGACAGUCAGGCAUGCUGCAAGCGGAGGAAUAAUAAUUGAGGUUCCAGGGAAGGAUAAGGCCGCCAAGGCUGAAUUACUUAAAGAAAAGGUUCGCGAUAUCCUGGGUGAUACUGCUACGGUUACACGACCAGUUAUCAAAGGAGAAGUUCGCUUAAUCGGCAUCGAUGAUUCGGUGGCAUCGGAUGAAGUAGCAGAUGUAAUAGCUGCGACAGGUGGAUGUGCACCAAGUGAGGUGAAAGUCGGGGUUAUAAGGCCUAUGACAAACGGGCUGUUUACAGUAUGGGCGCAAUGCCCUCUGGGGGCGGCAAAUAAAGCCUCGCAGACAGGCAAGAUAAAGAUAGGCUGGACGGUGGCGCGCAUAGAAAUGCUGAAGGCCAGACCCAUUCAGUGUUUUAAAUGCUGGGGUCAUGGCCAUUUACGAACCAAGUGCACGUCCACUAUAGACAGGAGUCGUACUUGUUACAGAUGCGGAACAGAUGGGCACCCAGCCUUAACGUGCACAAACCCGGUUCGCUGUAUUCUGUGCGCGGAUCAGGGAAAGGAUUCUAAUCAUCGGAUCGGUACAGCGCUGUGUAGAGCUGAUUUCAAGGCGACAGUAAAAAGCACGCAACCUCAACAGUCUUCGGAGCCUAUGGAGAACCGGGACGGAGGCCCGAGGAGGUAG